AUGGAUAUAAAAUUAAACCAUUAAACAUCAUCUUGUAAAUCAUCCACUUAAUUAGAAACAUUUAUUCCCAUAAGUAUGAUAGGUGAAGGUAAAUUUGCCAAAGUUCUUCUUUGUAGACAUAAAAUAACUGGUAAACAUUACGCUAUGAAAAUAUUAAGUAAAUAAUAUACAAAAAAGCGACAAUAUUAAGGACGUGUAUUUUAAGAAAAAAAUGCAUUAAUUAGUUGUAAAAGCAAUUAGUUUAUAACAAAUUUACAUUAUACAUUUUAAACUUCAUCGAAAUUAUUUUUAAUAUUAGAUUAUUGCCCAGGUGGUGAUUUAUUUAAUUUUUUAUAAAAAAAAGUAUUUUUUAAUGAAAGCGAAGCUCGUUUUUAUAUAUCUUAAAUUGUUUUGGCCUUGGAAUUUUUACAUAAUAAUAGUAUUAUAUACAGAGAUUUAAAACCUGAAAAUAUAUUAAUUGAUAAAAACGGAUAUAUAAGAUUAGCUGAUUUUGGUUAUUCAAAAUAACAUAUGGAUGAUAAUGUGACUACUAAUUCGUUUUGUGGAACUUUUUAAUAUAUGGCACCUGAAUUUAUUCUUAAAAAAGCGCAUGGAAAGCCUGUUGAUAUAUGGGCUUUGGGAUGCUUAAUUUAUGAAUUAAUUACCGGAAAUCCUCCUUUUUAUGAUUUUAAUUAAAAAAUACUUUUUGAUUUUAUUUUAUAUAAAGAACCAGAUCUUUAAACGAAAAAAAUAUCUAAUUAUUUAAAAGAUUUAUUGAAAAAAUUACUCGAAAAGAAAUAAGAAUAUAGAAUUAAUAUUUAAGAAGUAAAAAGUCAUCCGUGGUUAAGUUCAUGUAAUUGGAAUGAGAUUUCUUAGUAAAGUUAAAAGGCUUUCUAUAUACCUUAAGUUAAAAAAGCGUCAGAUAUUUCAAAUUUUGAUAAAAAAUAUAGUUGUAUAGAUGUAAAUGCUAUUAUUUUUGAUGAAGAAGAUGGGGAUGAUAUUUUACAUUUAGAUGAUUUUAGCUGUGAUUCUUUAUGA